AUAUGUGGGGAUGAUUUUAAAUAAUCAAAAUUCAGAAUUUCAAAAUCAAUUAAUUAACAUUAGGAGGCAGGGAAUUGAAAGUUAUCUAUUGAAGUGUGGGUCUGUGUCAAAGUUAUCUAUCAAGUGUGAAAGUUAUCUAUUGAAGUGUGAACAUUAGUCUCAAGGAAUUUGGUGGUGGGUUACCCAUGCACUUGGUAUUGUGGUUAUUCAUAUUUAAUAUAUUAUUUUAAUUAUCAUCUUGUUCAAUUAUUUAAAUUGUGUACAAAUUUUAUUAAUAGUAUUGUGAAUUUGUUCAAUGCUAUUGUUUGCAGUUAUGGCCCGUUUGAGUUUAGCCACAAGGAAUAGGAUAAAGAAAAGGAAGUUGGUUUUGGUUGUGAUGUUUUGGUUGGAUAUGUUGCAAAUUGUUAGUAUGUUUUUUCAGUUAUUAUGCUUUAUAGUAGAGGACUGUGUUCGAAAAAGAUCAUUGAAAGCAACAUAUGGUCAUGAUUUUCAUUCAAGGAGAGGGGAAAUUCACCGUUUAUGCUAUGAGAGUGAUGAAACUUGCAUUAACCAACUUAGGAUGAAUAGAAAUGCAUUUACUAGGUUAUGUAAUAUGCUUGAAACAAUAGGUGGCUUAAAAGAUACAAAACACAUGUUAGUAGAUGAACAAGUUGCUAUGUUCCUACAUACACUAGCUCAUCAUGCAAAAAAUCGAGUCAUAAAACACCAUUUUAGGCGCUCAGGAGAGACAGUGAGUAGAUAUUUCAAUGAUGUGUUACAUGCUAUCAUACGUUUACAAGGAGAGCUAUUUAAGAAACCAGAGCCAGUUCCAGAAAAUUCUUCAGAUGAGAGAUGGAAAUGGUUUAAGGUAUCCAACAACGUGAAUUUUCUUUUCAAGUUAUGAAGUAGAAAUAUCGAAUAAAGUGCUGAUUGCAUUUUUUUGUUGUUGUCGUAACUACAGAAUUGUUUAGGUGCAUUAGAUGGAACAUAUAUUAGCGUGAGAGUGCCUUUAGAAGACAAACCUAGGUACCGAAAUCGUAAGGGAGAGAUUGCCACUAAUGUACUAGGAGUUUGCUCACAAGACAUGCAAUUUAUUUAUGUUUUGCCUGGUUGGGAAGGCUCUGCUGCUGAUGGUAGAGUGCUUCGAAAUGCAAUAAGUAGGAGGAAUGGAUUGAGAGUUCCCCAUGGGUAUUACUAUCUUGUUGAUGCUGGCUAUACAAAUGGUAAGGGAUUUCUUGCCCCAUAUAGAGAACAACGAUAUCACUUGAAUGAUUGGAGAGAUGGACAACAACCAAGAACCGCAGAAGAGUUCUUUAAUAUGAAACAUUCUUCAGCUAGGAAUGUUAUAGAGAGAUGUUUUGGACUGCUUAAAAUACGAUGGGCUAUUCUUAGGAGUCCUUCAUUCUUCCCAAUCAAGACACAAAAUCGCAUUAUUAUGGCGUGUUGCCUUCUUCAUAACUUUAUAAGGAGAGUGAUGCCUGUAGACCCAGUAGAAGAGGAAUUGGACAAUGAUGAGCAGUUGGCAGAAGGAAUUAAUGGUGACCCAAUAACACAUAUUGAGACUUCAAAUGAAUGGAGUGCAUGGAGAACCACUUUGGCAAAUGAAAUGUUUAAUACGUGGAGAAAUAGGAGAGAAAUAUAGUUUAAUAAUAUAAUACUUUGAUUUGUGACUUUUUCAUGUAUUUUUUACUUGAGUUAAUAAAUUUUUUUAUUGCAUUGGUGUUAAAUUGUUUAUUAUGUAUGUCUAAACUUUUGCAUAUUAAUUUAUUAUCUUGCCAUUUUAUUGUUAGUAUUUGGAGAGAAAUGGAAACGACUGUACUUGAUUCUCAAGAUCCUUCUAAACGAAAGUGGACUCCUGCUGAAGAUAUAAAGUUAGUGGAGGCUUUGGUAGAAUAUCACCAUGAAAGAGAAGGUAGCCCUGAAAAUAAGUUUAAACCCGGAUAUUUGAAAAUCUUGGAAGGAAAGAUUUCUACCAAAUUACCUAAUGCUGGCUUAAGAGCAAAACCACAUAUUGAGUCAAGAUUGAGGACUUUGAAAAGAGAAUUUCAAGUUAUUCAUGAAAUGUUGACUGGGCCUAACACAAGUGGGUUUGGAUGGGACACUGUGAAGAAGUGUGUUACUGCUGAAAAUGAUGUAUGGGAUGCAUAUGUGCAGAGUCAUAAGGGGGCAAUCGCUUGUAGAAACAAGUCAUUUCCACACUAUGAAGACCUUUGCAUUGUGUAUGCAAAAGACCAUGCUACUGGUAAAGAUGCUCAAGCACCUGCAGAUGUUGUUGAAGAACUAGAAGCAGAGAAAAAUGAUGACAAAUUAGAUGAUAUUCCUGAAGACGUGGACUGCACACAAAUUCCCACCCCUGGCAGUAACGGGGAAGAACAGAAUGCUCGAAAAAAGAAAAGAAAAAUUCAAAGUGGUGAAGAUAAUAUGGUAGAAGCGAUGAAAGAAGUUACAAUUAUUCUUGCUGCCCAGUUAAAGGAUGCAUCAGAUAACCUUAGCAAGGCAGUCAUUGGAGUAGUAGCAGCUGAAAGUAGGUCCAAAAUCAAUGAUGAAUUACUAAAACUACCUGGCCUUACAACGAAGGAGCGUCACAAGGCAACUAAAUUGAUUGCUUGUCAACAUGAACUAAUAGAUGUUUUCUUGAGCAUGCUGGAUGCUGAGAAGGAAGAAUGGGUGAAAGGCCUUAUUAAUGGUGACUUUUGAGUGGCUUACAAAGGUUGGAAAAUUCAAUUUGCAUUUAUGCUUCUUUUUUAUCCCACUUGAACACGGGGCUCCUAAGAAUUUUGGAUGAUUGUGAUGUUUUUUUUUUUUUUAAAUAAAUGGGAUGUUAUGUUAUUGAAAUUUUAUAUAA